UACGCCGCGCACCCUAUACGUCGACGACCAGCGUGUAGUAGUAUAUUCCGAGAUCUGUGAAACGUCAGAUAAAUGCGCCGGACAUUUUCAUAGCUAACAUAUCAAUCGCCGACAUUUAAAUUAUAAACAAAAAAUAAAUAAAGUCAUAAUGCAGAAGUUACACGUAGUGCCUCCAAUUUUGAGAAAUAAAUGCCAUACGAGCUACGAAAUAUUUCUGAAAAACACAAGACAUGACUAAAGAUAUGAAAGCCCAAUAGGGCCCAAAGGGCACAGCAUGAGUAGUCAAGAUGAAACCGCAAGCCUGUUAGUAGGCCAGCCGUCGUUGACGAGUGCUUCUUCUCCGGCCAACUGCUCUAAACCAGUGCUGAUGCGUCAAGAAUGUACAACGUUUUUAGUGUCUUCUCAUCAUCCUCAGUUGUCUGUUUUUUCUGACAGCGAGGAAGACGGUUCACUGUGCUUGGAAGAAAACAGCACUAGAUCUGUUCCUGACAUUGAGUUACAUUGCAGGUUAGACGUGAAGGGGUGCAAGCAGAACCUCUCGUCGAACGUACCAACAAGAAAUAGAAGUUCCUCCAAUGCAUUUCAACUAGCGCCUUAUACGUCAGCAUCUCCUAGGGGAAUCCUUGAACGCAGAACCUCGCAAACACUUGCAUCGAACCUGAAAAUUGUUCGGUCGGUGUCUCGGGAGAGCAUUCGCUCCAUUCAUCAUUGCACCUGUCCUUGCCUUAGCGCGCCGGUAUCAUGCAGUUCCUGUCCAGUAACAACGCCAUCUGUAGUUACUACAAGAAUAAUUCGGCAAAGUUCACAGCCUGAGGCAUCUGGGCCGUGCUGUAGCUCAAAUUGCGUACACGGUACAUCAGCAUCGACAUCUUUGAGACAACUAAGGGACCACAGUGACGGUAUCGCUGGCAUUGCAGCUGAUUCCCUAAGAAUCAAUGGUGCUAUGCGGAAUUUCCGCCAGGGCUCUGGCUUGCUGUGUUCUACACAAACUAUGGCGCAGGCGCGCCGAACACGACUCAAGCGCGCUCUAACAGAAGUUACCAGCGAUACUGUGACCUAUGUGAAAACGUUGCGCAAACCAGUGUCAACUCUUUCGAUACCCGGGGCUGUUAAAAAUUCAAGCAGAGACUCAGGUGGGGGCAAAACUGCACAGGACGAUCAAGGAAUGGCGCUGCCAGGACAUAUGGACUAUCCAAGGUUUAUGGAAGAGAGAGGAUUGAGUACGGGUUACAAAGGACCUUCUUCCGGAAGUUUAAAACACAAACCAAAUGUUGGUUAUAGACUUGGGCGGCGUAAAGCUCUUUUUGAAAAAAGAAAGAGGAUUAGUGACUAUGCCUUAGUUAUGGGAAUGUUCGGAAUUAUAGUCAUGGUCAUAGAGAAUGAACUUUCAAGUGCUGGUGUUUAUCGUAAAGAUGAAUUUUAUUCAAUUGCGCUCAAAACACUGAUAUCUGUUUCAACUGUGAUUCUUCUUGGUCUAAUUGUAGCCUAUCACGCUUUAGAAGUACAGCUCUUCAUGAUAGAUAACUGUGCGGAUGACUGGCGAAUCGCGAUGACAUGGCAAAGAAUAUGCCAAAUUUCCAUGGAGUUAAUAAUAUGUGCCGUACAUCCAAUUCCGGGACACUAUUUGUUCGUGUGGACGACAAAAUUAGCUAAUAAAAAUGGCGGUAUCGGAAGAAAGUGUGUUCCAUACGACGUGCCACUGUCGUUACCGAUGUUCCUGAGACUCUAUUUAAUUUGUCGAGUUAUGUUAUUGCACAGUAAAUUGUUCACGGACGCUUCUUCUCGGAGUAUAGGUGCGCUCAAUCGAAUUAAUUUUAAUACUAGAUUUGUUUUAAAGACUCUUAUGACUAUAUGUCCUGGUACGGUGCUUCUAGUCUUCAUGGUUUCCCUUUGGAUUAUAGCCAGUUGGACAUUAAGACAGUGUGAAAGGUUCCAUGAUGAGGAACACGCAAAUCUUCUUAAUGCAAUGUGGCUUAUAGCUAUUACCUUCCUCAGUGUAGGCUUCGGAGACAUUGUUCCUAACACUUAUUGUGGAAGGGGAAUCGCAGUCAGUACAGGUAUAAUGGGAGCUGGUUGUACAGCCUUAUUAGUAGCAGUAGUAUCAAGAAAAUUAGAAUUAACUAGAGCGGAAAAACAUGUACAUAAUUUUAUGAUGGACACGCAGUUGACGAAACGGUUAAAAAAUGCAGCUGCAAAUGUCCUACGUGAAACCUGGUUGAUCUAUAAACAUACAAGGCUAGUGAAAAGAGUGAACCCAGGUAGAGUUAGGACACACCAAAGAAAAUUUUUACUUGCUAUUUAUGCUUUAAGAAAAGUUAAAAUGGACCAACGUAAACUAAUGGAUAAUGCCAAUACGAUAACAGAUAUGGCCAAGACACAAAAUACUGUAUAUGAAAUAGUAUCGGACAUGAGCACAAGACAAGACAGUCUAGAAGAUAGGUUAACAACAAUGGAAGAAAAGUUACUAGCUCUUCAAGAGCAAUUAGAGUUAUUACCUGAAUUAAUCGCUACCAGAAUACAGACUCAACAAGAGAAAAUGGAGCAGCGAAGAAAUUUCCUUCAUCCAGAGUCAGCUGCUGGUCUCCAGCAAGCACGAAGUGUUCCACCUGCUUGUCCAUGGCCAGGUCCAACAUUGUUAGGGAAAUCUGUUAUUCCACCACCAGCAACAACAGGACAAAGUUGAGUUACUUGUGAAAGCCAUUUAUAAUAAAAAGAUCUAAUUUUAGCUGGGCACCGUGGAUUAAAAAAUUUAAUAUCUAGCAUUUCUAAAUUAAUUCAAAUUUCUAGUUAAAAUCCUUGAAAACAUGAUGAAACGACGAUAAAUAAAUUUAAAUAUGAAAAGGUGAAAUUAUCAUUGGGAAUUUCUAAGAUGAAUUUGGUCUAUAAAGCCCUAUUUGAGAAAAUUAAAAUACACUUAAUACAGUAUACUGUUUUUCAUUCCAUUACGAUAAUUAUCCAAAUAAUAUAAUUUAGAGAAACUUUGAAGUUGCUUUGACUUGUCAAUGAUAUAUUCUAGGGAAGAAAAAAUAGAAAUUGAUUUUAAACUUUUUCGGCAGGUCAUGUUUUCGUUGGGACAGUGUGUGCUUGUAUAUUGAUGAAUGAGAAUAAUUAUAACAAAAAAUAAUAUGAGUAAAGUAUACCAGUAAAUUAUUUUAACUAGCGAGUUCAAUUUGCGAACAUUCUAUAACAUUGAUAUAGGAAAGGAGUCUAAAGAAAGUUUCUUUCGUUAAUUUUUCAAAUUCAAAAAACUAAUGGCGGUAAGAAAUACUAUCGAAGCGUAUUCAAUUCGUCAUUUGUUUCUUUCAUUUGAAGAAUAAGACUAUAGGGUAUUGUAUGCUUUAGUUGUUUGCGUUUUUUUAAUAGAAGUUCGGAUUUAUUCUGGAAACCAAAUAAGGGAAAUAUAUCAGAAGGUUAAUAUUCUUUUGAAGUUUUGAUUUUCGGAAAAAGUUUUAGUCUUAUUGUUUUAAGAUGUUUUGCGUUAUUUUUGGACGUACUUCAAAAAUUGCUGGUAGGUAUUUCAGUUAUAUUUGAUAGAAUAAUUAGAAUAACGAAAUAACGCCUUUGCUCUCACUCAUCAAUUUAAUAAAUUAAUAUUGUAAUUUUAUUAGAUGAUUUCACUAUAUGGAUAUAUUCAUUUGUUUUGUAGAAAUUAUCAUGGUUAUAAUUGAUGGUAUAGUAGAGUAGAGAAUAUACAGUGUGUUCAUAAAGUAAUGUUACAGUCAUUUCAAAUUAAAAUUUUUAAAAAUUUGUUUACCGAACAGAAAAGAAUAAUGAUUCUAAUGAUAAGAAGUUACGGUGAUCGUAAAAAACUUACCAACCAAAUUACCAAAACUACAGUUUGAAAAAUUGUACAAUUAUUGAAGAAGAAAGUUCAACUGGAAAUAAUAGUCCUAAAACUAUAUGAUUAAAACUGCAACUAAAAAGGAUAUCCUUGGAUUUUAUGCAAAGUUGUGUAGUAACAUUAAAUUGUACAGUUAAUCGCAGAAAUUUCAGAUACUAGUCUUAGAUGCGAAAAACAAGGGCUAUUUAGAGUCAAUGUUUAGGCAGGUAUUUUUAGCAUUAUCGGACCAUUCUUUGUGAAAGCCAAUUUGAAUGAAUCAAAGUAUUUAAAUUUGUUAAUAAAUCUAAUAGUUCCAACAAUAAUAAAUAUUCCUAGUUUAAGUCUUAGUUUAAUGAUAUUUGGUUCUAGCAAGAUGGUUUAUCACCACACUUUAGUGUUGCUGUUCGGAAUUACUUAAAUGUAUAUAUUUUUCCAAUACAGAUGAAUUGGAGAAAAGGGCUAGCCAGAAUUUCCUGUCAAUCACGUUUCUGGGAUAUAUAAGAUUAAUUUGUUCUUGUUAAUUGAGAAUUGCAAGUACAAAUAGAUACGUGACUCCACAUGAUUAUAAAUUUAAUAAGUAUUUGUAAAAAGACAGAUUAUCAUGAAAAGGGCAACUAUUCAAACGAUGUACCUAAUAAUAAAUUUUAGAAUUCAAAAACAAAAGAAGAAAUUGUUUUUUUUUUACUUAAUUAAUAACAAAUUAUAAUGAUAAAUGUAGUAAAACUAUGAGGACCACUUUAUCAAUCAAUUGAAAAUCAUCUUAUUGUGGCCUAAAAACAAACAUUUCCAAUGAUCUUAUUAAAAAAUAUAUAACAAUUAUUAAUAAACUCAAAAAACUUCAAUGAUAUUCUUUCUGCAUAUAGCACAUAACAAACUAUGUUGUGAUUUUGUUAUGUGAUUGUCAUUUCUUAAAAUAUAGUACAAAUAACUUUUCUAUCAAGAUUCCCACUUGUGCAAAUAAAUGUGGAAAGAAAUUUUAUAGUUCAUUAAGUAAAUACACACUAGUUGUAAUAAAGUACUAGUUUAUUUUUAUUAUUUAUAUACCAAUUAUAAGAUCACCUUUUAAGAAAAUUUGAAAUUUUUUCUAGGGUUAAGACCAUGAUAGCUAAUAAAAGGAUAUAAUGCUUUAUACCUAUUACAAAGGUAGUUACAACCUCACUAAACCUUAAAAUGUGCCUAGAAAUGUAUAAUUCUUUGUAUAACCAAAACGAAAUAUAACUACCUCAUCUUUAAAUUUUUAAAAUAGUAACACCACAUAAUUCUGUUAUUAUGUGUAAGCUAUAAUCUCGUAAAUUACAUAAAAAAUAAAAAUUUGUUUAUAUAAUACCGAAUCGUACCAAUAUUCUUAUUUCAUACCUUGGAGUAUUUCACAUAUAUCGAUCCAGUAUAUUUGCUUUAAGUAUACUCUGAGAGUUUAGAAAUAUUACACCUAAAAGGAAUAUAUUGCGGACCUUAAUUUCUGUAGACUGUGCCUUAUAUCGAUGAUGAAAUAAUAAUAUUUACAAAAGUCUCUUGAAGAUGGUGUAAUUGUACAGUCUCCUCCCCAUCAAAUCCGACAUGUACGUUGGAAUUUAAAUCUGGUGAUCAAAGUGUCCACAGCAAAAUUUAACAUCAGCUUCUUGGACAAAGAUAUACAGCUGUCUUACUGCCUAGAAUCAAUACCAGUGGUGAUCGGCUACCUUUCUAUGGUACCUAAACACAAUCAUUACAUAAGAAGUUCUACUCAUAUAAUACGUACUAUGAAUUUUAAAAAUGAACGGAGGAUUCAAUUCUCAAUAUAAGUAUUGCUACUAACGGUGCCUAAAAUAUUUUUCAUCUCGUAUAAGUGUUUUCCGAAACUGGAGGUAAAUAGGUAAAGUACUAAUUCAACUUUCAGUCGCUACAACUUCAGUUUGAACUGAACGCAUCAGUGCUAAUUUUUUUAGCUAAUUUUGAAAGUUUCACUAUUUGAAAUAAGUAUUUCACAUUUCCCAAAAAAAAACGCGUGCAAUGUGCAACAUUAGAAUUAUCGUUCGAGUGCCAAGUAUAAAUAUAAAUUCUUCCAAAUAGCUAUGAAAAUACAAAUUAGACUAAAGGCACGGUCUAUUAUUGAUAAAUACAACAAUAAGCAUAGGUUUAUUUCAUCACUAUAAUUAACACAAUAAUUAACAAAAUUAGCUUUACGAGAAGAUAUUUAUAAAUUCACGGCUUUAUGAAUUCACAUUUUAACUUUGCAUUUACAUUAGUAAAUGAAAUUAUUGAAUUUUCCAAUAUAUCCACGUUGCCAGCUACGAUGAAUUUUAGAGCCUUAUAUUACAGUAUUAGUUAAAUCAGAAUCACUUUAGAUUUAGAAUGUAUCGCCUAAAUUUGAAAUACUAUAAUCAUAUGUGUCCACUUUUGAUGUCGAUAUUCCUUUAAUUAUUAUCGGUAGUCGAACAGAGAUUAAAAAUCCCUAUUCAUAUUAAAAUUUUAUCAUUAGGUUAAAGGCGUAUCCUGCUCAAAACCGAAGGGAAGCACUUAACAGUUCUCCGAAUUACAAUAUCUUCUUGAAGAACAUAUGUCCUAAGAAAAAUUUUCCGUAUCUGGAAAAAAAUAUAUAACAAAAAAAGAAGUAUAUCGUAUUUUCCAAAAAACAGUAUUUGGUUAUUAGUUCAGGCCACUUGUUUGCACAUCUUCUAAUAAUUGCUCCUUGUUUACAAGUACAUACUAACGAAUAUGCAGCAUUGUUAAUCCAUAUAUGCUUUCUUCACUAUUAGUCCUCCUUAACUAUUCAUUGGAUUCCUUAUUAUGAACUAAAUGAACUCCCGAUAGUUUUAGCGGUGAAAAGUUGUGAAAGUGUAAAAACCUUUGUAUUCUUAUUCGAUUCAUCAAAUGAAUCCUGUUUAACAUUACCCGAAGAAAAA